ACCAAGUCCAUUAAAGACCUGGUUCUGCACUCGCAGAGGAAGAGAUCCGUCAAAAGAAUCCUCCUACCCCUCCAUUUUUGACACCCUCCAAACUCAAACACUCUCUCUCUCUCUCUCUCUCCUCCUCUUAAUCACUCCCCUCCACCAACUAUCACACACAUCACCCCUCUCCCCUCCCUCUCUCUCUCUCUCUCUCUCUCUCUCUCUCUCUCUCUCUCAAUCCAUCAAUCAAGAAGAGAUAUCGAAGAGAAGAGAACCAAGAUGGACAAUGCUUAUAGAGACCACCACCACCAUCACCACCAUCAUCAUCUCCAACAUAGGAACAACCUCCACAACCUCCAGCACAAGAGCUCGUUCUUGCCCAUGCUGUGCUCAAGGCCCUCCAUUAGAGACGUGAAGCUCCCCAAGUGGAACGACAAGGACAGAUCCGCCUCUUUCUCCGACGACCCGAUGUCGCCGAAGGUCGGCUGCAUGGGCCAAGUCAAGCGGAACAACCGGGUGGUCGGCUUCCCGACGCCGAACAAGCUCAUCGCCAUCACCGCAAAGGCCAAUGUCAAUAACAGUCUUAAUAAGUACGUAAAGCUCAAGAGACUUUUCUCUAGCAAAGGCCUCCUCGCAUCCGCCACGACCUCCCCUGCUGCAGCCGCGCCGGCAACCGCCGCUGGCUGCUGCAGAGGUAGGAGGCAAAAGGAGAGCAAUGGGUGUGCAGGAGCCAAGAAGAAAUGCGAAAAGACUGAGAAUUUCGUCGGGUCGUCGGUUAGCAUUUUGGACAUGGAUCCCCCAUUGCCAGUGAUCAAGAAAGCGAGCAAACCGGCCGCAGACGGAGGUGGCGGAGACGGCGGCGGCGACAGCAGCCUGUGGAAGAGGAGGUUAGGUGGGGCUGCUUUGAAGGGCCUGGAGCUUCAACAGAUUCACCAUCCGAGGCAUCAUAUGCAGCCAGUCACUGUUUGAUAGGGGGAGAAAAUUAUAAUUCAUAGGAAGAGAGAGGGAGAGGAGGGAUCCCCUGAGAAAUGUAAAUGGCUGGUGUCCACUGUCCAGUAUGUUUCGCUUGUUUCAUUAGAAGUGUAUUGAAUUGAUUUGUCGCUUGUAUACACUGAAUAUAUGCGAUUUUGAUCAUAGAUCUUGAACAUAC